AUGGCUGUGGCCUCCACUGCCCCAGGGAGCAUCUUCUCUAAGCAGCUCCUUUUCUCUUUCCUGGUGAUGAAUCUGAAGGAGUGUCUCCACCUAAUUCAGUCAAGCGAUCCUGACUUCGGAAUUCUAGAAGAUGGCUCCAUUUACACAACACAUGACCUCAUUUUGUCUUCUGAAAAGAAGAGUUUUUCCAUUUUGCUUUCAGACACUCAGAGACAGGAACAGAAGGAGAUAGAAAUUGUACUGGAAGCAGGAGGAAGGAAGAUCUAUGCCUAUGCAACUACUGUGGACGGUUAUGCACCUGAGUACCCACUCCCCUUACUAUUCAAAGUUGAAGAUGAUAAUGAUAACGCCUCAUAUUUUGGACAAUUGACUGUCUUUAGUGUGCCUGAGAAUUGCCAAACCGGAACUUCAGUGAGAAAAGUGACUGCCAUAGACCUCGAUGAACCUGAUGCUCUACAUACUCGUCUGAAAUAUAAAAUCUUACAGCAAAUUCCAGACAAUCCAAAGCAUUUCUCCAUACAUCCAGACACAGGUGUCAUCACCACAACUACACGUUUACUGGAUAGAGAAUCAUUGAACUAUGAUGUACAUCGCCAAAUGGUUUUGCAAAUUGGUGUAAUUAACGAAGCACAAUUCUCUAAAGCAGCAAACUCACAAACUCCUACUAUGCGCAUUACAACUGUCAUUGUUAAAGUUAAAGACCAUGAUGAGGGCCCUGAAUGCCAACUGCCAGUAAAAGUUAUUAAGAGUAAAGAUGGCCUCCCAGUGGGCACAACACUCCUUGGAUACGAAGCAGUGGAUCCGGACAGCGGCACUGCUGAGGGCUAAAGGUAUAAGAAGAUAAGAGAUGAAGAUAACUGGUUUGAAAUUAAUGGAUACACUGGUGACUUCAAAACCGUAAAAGCUCUAGAUAGAAAAUCAACAUUUGUAAAAGACAACCAGUACAAUGUUUCCGUGAUUGCAAUGGAUGCAGGUGAAUCUUGCACUGGAACAUUAGUAGUUCUUUUGGAAGAUGAUAAUGAUCACUCACCACAAAUUGGAAAAGAAGUGACAAUUUGUCGGCAUGAUAAGGAUUUUGCUGUUCUCAAACCUGUAGAUCAAGAUGGACCUGAUAAUGGGCCACGUUUUCAAUUCAUUCUCGAUAAUUCUGCCAGCAAACUUUGGACAAUAGAGACAUUAACGGAUGGUAAAACUGCCAUUCUUCGUGGACUGCAAAAUCUUGAUUAUAACUAUUAUUCUGUGCCUCUCCAAAUAAAAGAUAGACAUGGUGUUUCUGCAGAACACAUGUUAUCAGUGAGAGUAUGUGACUGUACAAUUCCAUCUGAAUGUAGAAUGACUACUAAAGUUCCGAGAGAUGCAAGGCGAUCAAAUGCAAUACUUGGAAGAUGGGCUAUUCUUGACAUGGUGUUGGGUUCUGCAUUGUUGUCAUGUAUUUUGUUUACAUGUAUCUGUGUUACUGCUAAGAGUACAGUAAAGAAAUGUUUUCCAGAAGAUGUAGCCAAGCAAAACUUAAUUGUAUCAAAUACUGAAGCACCCAGAGAAGAAGUGAUGGAAGCAAAUAUUAGACUCCCCACACAGAAAUCCAACAUCUGUGACACAAGAAUGUCUGUUAGCGCACUUGGUGGCCAGGGAGUCAAAACACAUCAAAGUUUUGAGGUGGUCAAAGGCUACUACACUUUGGACCCCAUCAAAGGAGGCAGACAUCAGACCUUGGAAUCUGUCAAGGGUGUAAGACAAGGAGUGACGAAUACCAGCAGAUACAUAUACAACGACUGGCACAGCUUCACCCAACCUCGGCUUGGUGAAAAGGUGUAUCUGUGUGGAAAAGACGAGGAGCAUAAACAUUCUGAAGACUACGUUCACUCCUAUAACUACGAAGGAAAAGAGUCUGUGGCCGGCUCCGUUGGCUGCUACAGGGAUCUGCCGGAAGAAGAGGGACUUGAGUUUCUAGAUCAUCUGGAACCCAAAUUUAGGACCCUAGUGUGUAAAGAAAUAAAUGUGCCUUUUAAUAGAGUAACAUCUACGAUGCAUAUGCGGGCCUUAGUUAGCUGUGACACAAAACGCGACCUCUCCAGCUCCCAGGAGGCCUUUGCGGGUCUGAAACUGGCCGCUGCGCACGGGGCGGAGUCGGGGCCGGGAGCGCCCCCCCUCCUGCGGCAGGACGCGCUCGGGGACCGAGUCUGUACAGUCAGGGCUUUUGCUGGGCAGGGCCAGCUGUUAAUCCUCUAG